AAGGCAGAGACUGGUUUUCAAGAUUGACAAGGAAGGAGAGAGAGAAAUGGAGAAAGAAAUAGCUAUUGCGAGUGAGACGGAGAGAGUUGAAGACAUAGGACUACCUUAUGGCAAAGCCCUCCAAGGUGACGCUCGUGGUCUUAGGAGAUUCUACCAGGACAAGCCUGCAGAUGCCUUGUUCGAUCCAAUCACGGCUUAUAAAGAUACUGUAUUUCACAUUGCAGCUCAGCGCAAAGGAAGCAAAGAAGCACUUCGAGUUCUGCUUAGGAUGGUGCCACAGACGAGGAGACUCGAGCUCUUGAAGAUGAAGAACAUUCAGGGGAACACAAUUCUCCAUGAGGUGGCCUCCACUGGAAAUGUUGAAGAUGCAGAUUCCUUGAUUACAAAGUUGUCGUCAUCUAAGGGGCCAACAGUUGCUGAUGAACUAGAAACUGGGGAGAUCAGGAAACAGAUUUUGGGGGUUCGAAAUAAUUUAGGUGAAACCCCACUGUUCAGGGCUGCAGAAUUUGGUAACACUGAAAUGGUAAAGUACCUGGUACAACAAGCUGAAGAAAUUGGAAAUCUGCAUGAUCAUUACAGAAGAGAUGAUGGGGUCACCAUUCUUCACAGUGCUGUCAUCGGCCAACACUUUGGGACAGCUAUUUGGUUACUGAACAAGGAUCAACAGCUUGCAACUUACAAAGACAGGAAUGGCAAGACGAUUCUCCAUCUCCUAGCUAAGAUGCCAACUGCAUUUAAGAGUACUACUCCUAUGAUCAGAUUGAAGGCGUUUAUCUACAGUUGCUUUCCGAGCCAUUCAGAUGAUGAUAAUGAAGCAGGUCUGCUUUCCUCAAGUCAGAACAAUGAUUUGGAGUAUGACAAGUUGAGCGAAAUCCACCAUCUAUUAAAGCGCUAUGUAGAUUCUAAGAUGAAUCAGACUAUUUGCAAGUACCUUGCUAAAGGAUGGGUAACGCUUGGGGAUAUUUGGACGAGUAAGAAAACGCAUACUCUAGCAGUCAAGCUAGUGGAGAAGCUGGUGAGGGCGGAUGCGUCUUUGUGUGUGGCUUUGGCCCAUACGCCAGAGCAGGACAGCACAAUUUGUUUAGAAGGAGAGGUAAAAGAGGAGGCAGAAACUAAAACAGAAGAAGGCUCCACGAACCUUGCACUCUCAGAGAGGAGGAGUAAAUCGCCUGAUACUCCCUUGCUGAUUGCAGCCAGCACUGGGAUCAUGGAGAUCGUGAGAUUGAUACUCGAGAGGUACCCUCAAGCGGUGGAGCUCGUCAAUCAAAAUGGGCAGAACAUUUUACACGUCUCGAUCUUGCACCGUCGGUUCAAUAUCUAUGAACUUGUGAAAAAGGAGAAGAAAGAGGCGGUGAAGAGGUUGGUUUUGGGCAUUGACAACGAUGGCUACACCAUAAUGCACCAUGCCGCCGUUACCACAUAUUAUCAUGGAGGAAGCAAACCCACUCCUGCCCUCCAACUGCAAGAGGAGUUGACAUGGUUCAAGAAUGUGGAAAAACGAAUUCCCCAUCCUUAUACCAUGCACCGCAACAAAGAAAAUCACACCGCAAAAGAGUUGUUCGACAAGCAACAUGAGGAACAACUUAAACAAGCACAAGAGUGGGUUAAGAAUACUUGUCAAUCGAGCUCAACUGUUGCAGUUCUCAUCGCUGGUGUUGUCUUUGCCGCUGCCUACACUGCACCAGGAGGAUUCCAUGCACAAAGCGGUCGGCCCGUCCUCCUUACUACAGAAAAGCCUCUCUACUCGUUUUUCACAGUCAUGGACAUCGCUGGCCUUGCGAGCUCCUUGACCGCGGUGGUGGUCUUCCUCUCCAUCCUCACAUCUUCCCUCGAGCAGCAACAGUUUGCUCGUACUAUCCCUCGGAAGAUGUCCAUCGGCUUCACUUCUCUCUUCUUCUCCGUGACGGCGACCAUUCUCACGUUCACCGCCACCAUUUUCCUUGUCGUUCAUUUGGAGAAGAAGUGGACCACGAGUCUCACUUACGCUGCUGCACUCCUCCCUAUUUGUGUGUUCGCGCUGUUCCAAUUCCCAUUGUACUACCUGUUCUUCCAGGCUGCUGUCACUAGCAUUUUGGACUUUAUGAAGAAAAUUUUACCUGGUUCAUGGACCAGCUCCAAUGACUAGAAUUUUUCUCAUUCAGUUCUGGAAACAAUACAUGUGUAGCUUCCCCUUCUUGCUUCGUUGAAUAUUGGUGUAUGAAUUCUCUGAUGUUCUUCAAUAAACAUAAAUGGUCUUGAAUUUUUUUUAGUA